AUGCGGAGUCUGUUGGCCGAGGAAGCCCAGAUCAUCAGCGCUCUGCAGGACCUGCCCGUGGCGCUCCUCCCACAGCUGUUCCUGGAGGCCUAUGCCCGGAGAUACAAGGCAGCCCUGAAGGUCAUGGUGCAGGACUGGCCCUUCCGCUGUCUUCCUCUGGGCUGCUUCAUUGAAGACUUGCUGACUGAGUAUUUCAGGAUCAAUGCUGUGUUGGAUGGACUUGAUGCUUUGCUCACCCAGAAGGUUCGCUCCAGAAGGUGCAAAUUGGAAAUCCUCGAUUUACGUCACAGUCCUCAAAAGUUCUGGAGCCAGUGGUGUGAUGUCAAGUUAUGUAAAUACUCAGUGUUGAAGAGACCAAUGCCAGAGGGGAGUGUGGUGAAGAAGCACCACUCUGCUUCCUUGGAGGUGCUCCUGGAUGUGUUUCUGAUGGGAGGAGCCUUGGAUGAAUUGAGCUUGCGCAUCACUGAGUGGGCCAGGACAAGAAACUAUGUCCAUCUGUGCUGUAAGAGACUGACUUGUAUGGAUACAUUCAUCUCACCGGGGGUCCUGAGUUCCCUCCAGCUGGACUGUAUUCAGGAGGUCGAAGCAAGGUUCACGGAGCACAUGUUCACCUUCGCCAUGUUUGUGCCUCUUCUGGGCCGGAUGAGGAGACUGCAAAGACUCCUCCUCUCUGUCCUGGUUUGCAACCACACCUCCACGGAGGACCUGAAUGGUCAGGAGCACCUCGUGGCCCUGUUCACCUCUCAGCUGGCCCAAUUGCACGGCCUGCGGGAGCUCUACCUGGACUCCCCAGUCUUCCUCAAAGGCCAGCUGGAGCAAGUCCUGAGGUGCCUGAGGACCCCUUUGGAGACCUUGUCCCUCACGGAGUGUCCACUUCUAGAACAAGACAUGACACAUCUGUGCCAGUGCGCCAACCUCACCCAGCUGAAGGAGCUGAGUCUGAGAGGCACCAGCCUGAGCCUGGUGAGGGAGCCCCUGCGCUUGCUGCUGGAGAACUGUGUGUCCACCCUGCAGGACCUGGACUUAGGAAUAUGUGGGCUCCAGGACUCCCACCUGGAGGCCAUCCUGCCUGCGCUGAAACUCUGCUCCCAGCUCAGCGUCCUGAGCUUUUAUGGGAAUCGCGUGUCCAUGGCCACCCUGGUCCAGAUGCUGCGCCACCUGGCCGGGCUGCCCCACUUAACGCUGGAGGUCUAUCCGGCCCUGCAGGAGAGCUACAUUGCUCCGAACACGCUCCACCAAAGGACCUUUGAUCUGCUUUGCGCAGAGCUGAGGGGGGUUCUCAGGGACUUAGGAAAGCCCAGGUCCAUCCUUCUCAGCACCAUGUCCUGUUCUUGCUGUGGCAAGAUUAUGUUCCACAACUGUGAGCCCAUGUUGUUCCCUGUCUCCUGUUACAAUGGUCUGAUUCAAAAAAUUUCAUUUCCAAAUUGA